AUGGGAGCGGUUGAUCACAAAGUUUGGGGGGCAUCUUCUGAUGGCUUAUUUUCUGUCAAAAGUGCUUACAGGGUGGCUCUUUCUAUUCUAUCUCGGCAGCGAUGUGAGGCAGAGGCCAAAGGCAACAGUUUUGAUGGAGCUCGAUGCAGCAUGUGGGUCCGAGGGGUCACUGAGGUGUGUUCAUGCCCAUUUUGUGAGUCCUUUGUGGAAUCAGUUGACCAUCUCCUUUGUUCAUGUUCAUUUGCCAGUAUGGUGUGGAUUCAUAGUCCCUUACGGGUGGAUUUUCGUGGUACAGUUUCUUCUUUUGAAAUGUCUGAAUUAUGGUCCAAGUUCGAGUUCCCGAAGGACUGUCUUAAUCUUGCUGCAUUUACUUGUUGGGCUAUUUGGAAGAGCCGAAAUGAUCUUGUGUUUAAUCAUAAAAAAUGGACUCCUUUGGAGGUUGCCAACAAAGCUUUACAGGAUUUUUAUGAGUAUCAGGAGGCCUCGCGGCAAUCUCGGUUGCUUUCUUUUUCUGGUCCUCCUGUUCUUUCUCCUCCUGUUCUUUCUCCACCUCCUCGAUGGUGUGCUCCAGAAGAGGGAUCAUUCAAAUUGAACUUCGACGCCGCUUUUGAUUCAUCCAGAAAAUUAUGUGGUGGGGGGAUGAUUUUGCACAACCACUUCGGGCAGCCUGUUACAGUUUCCUCCCUCUUCUUCUCAAAUGUUGGGAGUCCAUCUUUUGCGGAAGGCUUAAUUCUUUGGGAAUGUUUGUCUCUUCUCUGA